AUGCCCUCGACUCAGGUUGCCCCGGAAGUCAACGUUCCACAUGCCUGGCAGCCUCAAGACCUACGAAGCUCAGGCUCUGGUGUCUCCUGUGACAGCAAGACAACGGGCACUGUACUGUCGCGCCGCAGCUCGCUGGAGUACAUUGACUUCCGACAGGCCACUGCUUUGCUGGAGACUCCCCCGCCACCAGACCAUCUUGACGCAAAUUCUCGCCUGCAAACCCCUGUGUCUCUGCGCUCUCCGGCUUCUCUUCACGACUCAGAUUCCGAUGAAGAGGACGCACCAGUACUCGAGGACGACCCCACCUAUGCCUCGCGUGAGGAGCUCUUUGACUCGGAGGAGCUUCAUGAUAGCAUCGUCGACACGGACUCUGACUCCUCAGGUGACCCUCCUGCAUUCAGUGAAGACCCUGCGAUCCGGAACGCCUACAUCGAGGCGUUUCUUGCGGCGACCUUUCAGCAUGCGACACACGAUCUAGUGCAGUCGAUGUUGGAGGGUCAGCAUGCUGCGUUCCUCGACCUAUCGCAACGUCUUGGCGGUGAAAUCCCAGGACUAGAUCGAAUGGCGCACACUCUUCGUACAGCGGAACGACGGCUCGGUCUUGAUCCCGACGAACAUAUUGUGUACUACUUUCUCUGCGACAUCUGCUGGUUCCGUCACCAUCCCUCGGAGCUCCACAAACUCGAUGGCCCUGGCUGUACGCAAGACGGUUGUACUGGCACGCUGUAUGUCACAAAGCAGAUGAGCGGGGGACGCGUGAAGCGUGUACCGGUAAAGAUCUUCCCCGUUGCCCCACUCAUCAAUUCGCUCCAGCAAAUUCUCCUUCGUCCUGGGAAGUAUGAGGUCUUCCAGCAUUGGCGGAGAGCGGGCGACGAACCUGGUCCUGUGCCGCCAAUGGGUUCAUCUGGUCUGGACGCGUUCCCGGAUCCUUCAGUCCGUAUGACCGACGUGUACGACGGCUGGGGAUGGCGUGCAAUUCAAGCUGGAUUAGCACGUCGUCGCGGUGGGAAGUGGGGUGUGCAAGAUGUUGAUGUCCACGAACUGAAUCAACGCUUCGUAUCCCUUCCGUGUGGGCUCGUUCUCAUGUUCAAUAUUGAUUGGUUCUGCUCAAUGAAGAAGUCUCGCCAUUCAACGGGUGCUAUUUACGUCACCAUUUGCAACAAUCCCCGCCAUAUUCGAUUUCUGCGCCUUGAGACGAUCCUCGUGUGCACGCUACCGGGCCCUCACGAACCAUCUCUAGAACAGCUCAACCACGUCCUUGAACCACUUGUUGAGGAGGUGAUUGAGCUUGGGAACGGUACGUACAUGGCCUGCAAGAGACACAUCCCGAGUAUUCAUGGGUUUGAUGAUCGCCAACUGAUACACGGGGGCUUGUACGCCAACGUUUCGGACCUCCCGGCAAGCAGGAAAGCCGCGGGUCUGCGUGGACCAACAUCAAAAGAGUACACAUGCACUUAUUGCUACCUCAGCUUUGAUGCCCUCACAGAUCCGAAGUGCUUCUGUUCCGACAGCUUACGACUACGAGACGAUUGGCGCUACCUCAAGUAUGCAUUCAGAGCACGAGAUGCGGAUGCUGACGAUCGCGAACAAAUCGCAGAAGAACGCGGUGUCCGAUGGUCAGCUCUAGACUUAAUCCCGGGCUGGAUGCCUGCUCGCUGUUCUCCGCCGGAAUUCAUGCAUGCAGGCUACCUUAUUCAAAUCAAACACAGUUUUCAAGAGAUCCUUGUGGGCAGCGGCCUAUUCACAAGUCGAAGUCGGACAGACAAACCGCUCGCCAAGCUUGAGCAGUUCUUGGGCUCUAUCUGGUGGCCGUCUUCCUCUGGCCGUGUACCCCACAAGAUCGCCGAGGGGGGCUCUGUGAAAGCCGACCAAUGGCGUAACCUUGUACAUGUGCUCCCGGUCGCGCUGUACUACGCUUGGGAAGUCAGUGGUGUCAUCCCUGAUGGGCAGGCACCAAGGCCAAAACCGACCACGAACGCAGGCAAGGCUCUCGCAGCAAAGGAGAACCUGAUCCGGUCUCGACGUCGCGCGCACUUGGCUUCACAACCUAACGUCACAAAGGCGAUGCUUGACGCUGCUGACGCGCUUACAAUCAGCCGAAGCUAUAGGGAACAUUUUAAUAAUGUUCUCGAGUUCUGCGCAGCCAUCCGGAUCUGGGGCUCGCGUUCAAUCUCACCCGAAGAGGUGAUGCGAGCACAUGGCUGUCAUGCUCGGGCGUGUCAGUCAUGGGCGACGAUGCACUGCCAUCUGACACCGUAUUUUCAUCUAGCAACUCACAACCCCGAGUUCUUCCUGCGGCUCGGCCCUGCAUACGCAUGGUGGGCGUAUCCAUACGAGCGCAACAACGGCUUUCUAGGGCGCUUCAAAACGAACGGCCAUACCGGCGGCGAGCUUGAAGCAACCAUGAUGCGGGGCUGGGUCAAGAGUCAGCUAGUCCAUAACCUUAUCUCUCGCCUUGAGAAUCUGCAAGACAAGUCAGACGCAGAUAGGCGGAUCAUUGUACGGCUGAAAUCCUUGAUUGCAAGCGAAUCCCGCCCAAAUCAACAGCGCGGCACACUCCUUAACCUCAUAGGUCAGAUGGCGGCGACAGAAAGCCCUGAGCGAGUCCAACACCCGAAACACCCACGAAAGCUCAAGCUGCGCCAAGUCGGGAUCUACGGCCUCAUUCUGCAGUUCUUGAAGACAACCUGGGGUCAUAUUGUGCAACUCGCUCCCGACACGGCACCUGUUGAUGCAGGCGAACCAUUUGUUGCCUCUCAUGUCCCAUUUUAUUCACACAUUCUUGUUGACGGCAUACGUUACGGCGUACAUAACAUGCGCAGCGGCCAGGGAUAUUGUUAUGCGUACUUCGAUGGACGCAUCCCCGCACGUAUCAGUCACUUACUCAGAGUUACCCACAUCCGUCGCGACCCUGCACUACCGUCCUUGGAGACGACAUGUGCCGUAGUCCAACGUUUUGUCAGCGACGAUGACAUUCCAGUGAUGCCAUGGGCGAUGCGUGCAACAGAUCUUGGCAUUGCAACAUGGUCUUCAGACGUAUUGGCUGCGCCCGAGGUCAUCGAAGUGUCCCGUUUCUCUGGGCAAUUUGCUCUCGCUACGGUUCGUCAUGGAGAGCACUCAUACUGGGUGACAAUGUCGCUCUGUCACGACACUCAGGAGCCUGAUCUGCUUGAUGUGGACGAUGUUGGAAAUGAAGAGUUGAAUGAACUAGCCAGACUACAACAAAUUGCCAUCCAGACGGUGGUCUACUCGUCUUCUGCUAUCAACUCCUGGUUGACGCCAGUGCCCCAAGACGUAUUGCCCUCAUCCUCGCCAUCAUAACCUGCCACCUCAACCUCGAUGUCUCCGUCUCCUUUGAUCUCCCUGGUGCGUAUCUCCUCGUCUGGGUGGUCUGCAAGCCAUUCCGUGUUGACCAAAUGACGUGGGAUCAGCACGCCAUUUUUGACGCGAGACAGAGUCGGCAAAGGUGUG